AUGCACUUCGCACCUCUCGUCUGGGUAGCCUUGGCCUUGCUUUUGUGUUCAAGCGAGCUUGUGGAUGGAGCUUCCACAAAAAGUCGCGUUCUGAAAUCGAUUAAAAGAUAUGGGGGCCCAGGUCCCGUUGGCAACUUCAGCAGCAAUGUCUAUCAGACCGGCUUCGAUGGCGUGACGUGGGAUGAGGAGAACUGGCUUCUCACCACCACCAACCUCGAGCAGGGCCGCAUGCAAUCACGUGGCUCUGUAGCUAAUGGCUACUUUGGAAUCAACGUCGCAAGCGUUGGCCCAUUCUUUGAAAUGGAUCAGCAGGCGGAAGGUGGUGAUGUGAUCAGCGGCUGGCCUCUCUUCUCCCGACGCCAGUCAUUUGCGACCAUCGCUGGCUUCUUUGACUACCAGCCCACAACCGAUGAAGGUAACGCGGAUUGGCUUUGGCAAUAUGGAGGCGAAAGUGUUAUUAGUGGUGUUCCUCACUGGAGUGGACUGGUCUUGGAUCUUGGGGAUAACACCUUUUUGGAUGCGACGGUCGACAACAGCACUAUCUCCAACUUCAGUUCGACUUAUGAUUUCAAGGCUGGUGUCUUGGUCUGGACAUAUACCUGGACGCCCGCAGGUGACAAAGGCUCGUUCCAGAUUAUCUACCGUCUGUUCAACAACAAACUCUACAUCAACCAAGCCGUGGUAGAUAUGCAAGUCAUCCCCUCUGCUGAUUCCAAUGGAACGAUCGUCAAUGUGAUCGACGGGACGUCUGCUGUGCGAACCGACUUUGUGGAUUCCGGCGAAGACGAUAGUGCGAUCUUCACGGCAGUGCGACCCAACGGAAUUGCCAACGUCACGGCCUUUAUUUAUACCAACCUUACGGGCAGUGCGAAUGUCGACCUGUCCUCCCGCAAGGUUGUGUCUGGCAAGCCUUAUGUUGGCACCAACCAGUCUUCUAUCGCCCAAUCCGUGAAUGUCAAUUUCCAGGCAGGCAAGACAGUGCGCGUCACAAAGUACGUUGGCGCAGCAUCCACCGAUGCAUUCGCCGAUCCACAGCAGGUGGCCAAGCAGGCAGUCACAUCUGCUAUGACCAAUGGAUAUCUCAGGUCUCUUCGGGCCCAUCUUCUCGAGUGGGCUAGUGUCAUGCCCGAAAAUUCCGUCGAUAGCUAUGCGUUCCCCGAGAAUGGUAGUCUUCCGACUGAUAGCCACAUCAUCGAUUCUUCAGUGAUUGCGGUAGCCAACACCUACUACUUGCUUCAAAACACUGUUGGUCAAAAUGCCAUCAAACAAGCUGGCGGAGCGGCCGUUAAUGUCGACAGCAUUUCCGUUGGCGGCCUGACCUCGGAUUCCUACGGUGGACUGGUGUUCUGGGAUGCUGAUGUCUGGAUGCAACCCGGUCUGACUACAUCUCACCCUCAAGCCGCGGAGCGAAUCACCAACUUCCGUGCAGAGAAGUAUGCUAUGGCCCAGGAAAACGUCAAGACCAACUAUGCAGGAUCACAGAACAAGACGCAGUUUUCUUCGUCCGCGGCCAUUUAUCCAUGGACAAGUGGUCGUUUCGGCAACUGCACAUCCACCGGUCCCUGCUGGGACUAUGAAUACCAUAUCAACGGGGAUAUUGGGCUUUCUCUGAUUAACCGAUGGGUCACAAGUGGUGAUACGCAGACUUUCAAGGACAUCCAUUUUUCGAUUUACGACUCUGUUGCUACACUUUACGCAGACUUGCUCGUACGGAAUGGGUCCAAGUGGACCUUGACGAACAUGACCGAUCCCUACGCCAACAUGGUCGAUGCUGGUGGUUUCACCAUGCCGCUUAUUGCUGAAACUCUGCGGAACACCAAUUCCUUCCGCCAGCAGUUUGGCCUCGAGGAGAACUCAACCUGGGACCAAAUGGCAGAUAACGUACUGGUUAUUCGCGAGAACGACGUGACUCUGGAAUUCACGACUAUGAAUGGAAGUGCCGUGGUCAAGCAGGCUGAUGUCGUUCUCAACACUUACCCGCUGGACUACACAUCCAACUAUAGCACUCAAGAUUCGCUGAAUGACCUGGACUACUAUGCAAAUAAGCAAUCACCUGAUGGACCCGCCAUGACCUGGGCCAUCUUUUCGAUCGUGGCGAAUGAGGUAUCACCCUCUGGCUGCUCGGCCUACACCUACGGACUGUACUCGUACCUUCCAUACGCUCGCCCUCCCUUCUUCCAGAUGUCCGAGCAGCUUAUCGACAACGCCACAACCAACGGGGGCACUCACCCUGCGUUCCCAUUCCUCACUGGUCAUGGUGGUGCUAACCAAGUUGCUCUGUUCGGGUACCUGGGUCUCCGCCUGACUCCCGAUGAUAUCCUCCACGUGGAUCCCAACCUGCCUAUUCAAAUUCCGUACUUGAGGUAUCGCACUUUCUUCUGGCGCGGAUGGCCCAUCGAAGCUUGGUCCAACUACACCCACACCACAAUCAGCCGGGCCAUUGAUACGCCCCCUCUAAACACUGCGGACCAACGCUUUGCCAACACAACUAUCACCGUGAACUCUGGCAGCGAAGACAACAUCACCACCUACAGUCUUCCCACAAUGGGUUCUAUCGUCCUUCCUAAUCGCCAGAUCUCUUCCGUGAACUCGAUCAACGGGAACCUGGCGCAGUGCAAACCUGUCCUGUCAACCGACUCUUAUGAACCCGGCCAGUUCCCGAUCUCGAUAGUUGACGGUGCAACCUCAACAAAAUGGCAACCUUCAUUGGCAGCGAACAUGAGUGCCGUGACAAUUUCGCUGGGCAAUGAGGCCGGCUCUAUGGUCACUGGGUUCUACUUUGACUGGGCCCAAGCACCCCCAGUCAACGUGACCGUGCUCUUCCACAACCAAACCAUCAACGACCCCGUCAUGGUCUACCAGUCCUCAACUCAGAACUCCAGCUUCCAGGUUGUGACAUCAAUGAAUGAUGUGCAGAUCUCGCUCCCAUAUGACCCGAAGACCACUAACUUGGACAUGGUCGCUAUGCCUACCAGCAACACCACUAACAUUACGCUUUCGAGUCCUGUGUUCGCUGCUCAGUACGCAUCACUCCUGAUUCUUGGCAACCAGGGACUUGGUGCCGCUGAUUUAGCAGCGAAUAAUGGUACAGGUGCUACUGUUGCUGAGUGGGGCAUUAUUGGACAGAGUCAGGCUAGUCAGGCCAACUCAUCUCAGAAUGUUCAGAGAAGGAUUAAUGCUCGCGUGGCUGCGACUAUGGCGGAUCAAGGGUCCUUCAUGAAGCGCCGUCGGCAAUUCGUGCCUCAGAAUUAA